AUGGCCGGCCUUCCGCCGCCAAAGGAUGCGCUGACGGCCUUGUUGGCUGCUGACCCAGUCUUGUGCCAACAACUAGAGACCAAAGUGCUGCGGUUCUCGGCCAGUCAGCGAAAGCUCCUACCGGAGGCUGUGCAGGAGGAUCUCUCGCAGGUGGACCGGGGCUCUCCGCACGUGCCGCACAGCACCCCACCUGCGGCACCGCCAAAGCCACAUGCCUCGCAAGGGCCAUCGAGCACCAAGAUUUCAGAGACUAUCUGGAGCAAUGAGGAGAGGUCACUCUAUGUGCAAAAGCUGCUGCAGUCCGCCGGGCAGUCUGGGCAGCCCGAGAUGGGAAAUGCUGUUGCAAGAUUCCUUGAGGACUUGCUGGCCGAGAUCUCUGCUCCCCAGCCUUGGGUUAUGCUGCGAAGCUCACGUGGCCGCGUCUUCUUCUGCAACAUGAUCACGAGGCAGACGACCUGGGACCAUCCGCAUGAGGGUUCCCUGCUGGAGGCGGCAACGAUCUGCAAGCAACUUCUGCAGCUGGACGAACCUUGGCGAGUCGCUGCCCAAAAGGAAAUGUCCAAGGCCUUAACCAAGCAGGGUGGCAGCCAUCGAGCCCAGGUGAACCUCAUUUCACACCUCAUGGAAGUGGUAGAGCCUUGCCAGAAUCUGGAUCUGUCACCCCGUGCCUUGACACGAAGCGAUUUCAAUGCAGCAGUCUAA